AUGAAUGCCAGCACGAAUGGCAAGCCAAAUGAGUCCACGCCAAUGAGGAAAGGAUUACGUGUCUCAUCACGGGUUCAUCGGGCUUGCAAUGCAUGCAGGCGAGCUAAGAUGCGCUGUGAAGGCCCAAUUGACGGACCAUGUAAUCGAUGUCAACUUGCUAAUCAGGAUUGCAUUUUUGAUAAACCGCGACAAGAAUCCAAGAGGAAACCUGUGUCAAGAGAAUCCUUUGAUGCCAUCUUAGAGCGAGUUCAUACGCUGGAGCAUGAAUUACAGGCCAUAAAAUGCAAUUUGCCCCGCUCAGGAACGCAGAUGAAAAGGAUGCAUUCAAAUGCGGGGACCCCGGUGCAAGUUAGAAAUCCGAACGUUCCUGCGAUCGACAGCGUGACAGGUAAAGAAUCUUGUUCAUCUUUGCGCCCAUCAAAUACGACAUUCUUGCAAGAUACAAUUCCCCCAAUCUUCCAACCUCCAACGCCAAUCAAGACUACUUCUUUACCGACAUUCAUUGCCAAUUCUUUCGCGCCCGUUCCUUCAUCGUCAUCAUACAUUCCUUCUUUUGACGCAACUGAUACGUCAUACCCUUUCUCUCCUCAAACAUACGUACGCGCAAAGAGUAAAUCUUUGUCAAAUUUGGAGGAUAUGCGAAACGUGCAAGAAUCUGAAUUGCCUCCUCCUUUGCCGAUCAUGCCAUCAAGAUUGUGGAGCAAAGUCAAAUCGGAUGAAAGCAUGGGUGUUCAAAUGAAUCAAGACACAGAGAUGAGCAGUCCUGCUUCACCCACCAUCCAUCAAGCAUUGCAUGAUCAAGUGCCACAAUCACAACAGACUAUCGAAAGUCACACAGCUUCAAGUCAAGCAAGCUUGCUCACCACAAUGGCAGAAGUGAUGGAAGCUGUCCUACAGAAUACAGAUACGAUGAAUGUACAAAGGCUGUUGAAUGCACCAAUUUAUUCGGCUCCGAUCCCAGAUGCUAUACCCUCACGAACGGCGCCGAUCAUGCCACCGAUUCAAUGUGAGACGUACGAACAAACGACUCCUUGUGAUUCAGCGGUUCUAUUCCCUCCAAUUUAUACUUCUGAUGGACCGAGUAUGUUGUUAAAACCCAUGACGGCAUUUCAAGGAGAAGCAAUUAACCGUCAAACGAUGGAAUGUGCACCUACUUUUUCACGCACUGUUCAUCAAAGAUCAGAAGGAUUUCAAGUGACUUAUGAUGGCUAUUUUGAUAAUGGCAAUUCAAUCGCUCGUUUUUCAAGACCAUCGACUGGACAUUCGCAAAUGUCUAGUUCGAUCAACGGAAAUGUUUCUAGGGUACCUCAACCGGUGACCCUGAGAGACAAUUUGAUGAUGCAACCAGGCACCAUCAUCACACAUCAGCCAUUCUUUCAUUCCUAA